GGAAGGGUGGUUUGUUUGGUUUUGGGACCUAAACCUUCCCCACUUAGAUGAUGAGAUAAUCAUGUAACCCCCCUAAAACCUCAGUUUCAAAUGCUGGGCUCCGUGACUGUGUUUAAAAGGGCCAAAAUAAAGAAAAAGAAAAGAAAGACAAGUUACUGACCUCCUUUUUUUAUCCAAAGUGUGAUGAUUGAUUCCAGUUGGGUUAACUCAGAAACCAACCGGGUUAAAGUCUAGAAAUUUGGGUUUCAAUAUGAGGUUUUUAUUAAUCAAGUUGCAUUCUUGAUACCACCUUUUUUUUUGUUUCUACAGACAUUGAAGGAAGGUUGAGAGAACUUGGAAUAGGAAAAAGCCAAAUUUUUUCAACUUACUCCAUUUAAUGAUUCCCUCACAGGUUGCCCAAAAAGACACUGGGUUGGGUUCAGGUUGUUUGUUUUGGCAUGAUUGCUGAUCUUGUUUUGGUGGUGUUUCAAAAGAAAAGCAUGGCUUUUGAUGCGAGCUUAUGAGCUUUCAAGUGGAUGGUAUAUGGAGUUUGGACCACUUUGGUUUCUGGGUAAAGUGGAUAACUGGAGCUUUGUUUUGUUGAGAAAUGAGCUGGAUUGUCUCCUGAGUAGUGCUGUCGGUUAGGUGAAUGAAUUUUUUCUCUGUUUCAUUUUGGCAAACUUUAAUCUGUUUUGAAUUUUGGUGUUGGGGUCGCCUUGGUGGUUUUACUUUCAUGAAUUUGUUCUUCUUCUGGAACUGGGAAUUUUGUGAAGUUCUUAAGGCGCCUUGGGGAAAUACAUAAGUUUGCUUUGCUCAAGAUGUCUAUGAACGGCAAGCUUUCUGGUUCUAAUUGUAGGUUAUCAGCAAAUUUCAGGCUGAAGAAAGCUAAGGAGACUAUGCAUGGACCCAAUUCUUUCAGAAAAUGGAAGAGGAACCUUCUCUUCCUCUGGCUUUUAGGCUUCGUUUCCACUGGGAUUAUUUGGUUCUUGUUGAGUUUCAACAGUGUAGCUUUGGACAGCAAUAAGAAGACAACCGAUUCUUGUGAGGAGAAGGCAAGAAUCUUGCUUCAACAUUUCAAUGUUAGCAAGAACCAAUUUCUUGCUUUAGCUUCUUUCUUCUAUGAACCAGAUCAGAUAGCAUUUCUCGAAUGUGGCAAGCAUUCAGGACUUGAAAAGCCAUGGAGUGAUGAUGUUACUUGUGCUCUUAAAGUACUGUGUCCAGAGAAGCAAGACUCCAGAAUGCAGCAGGUGCAGAUCGUAAAAACUACGGAACUUAAGGAUCAAUGUCCAGUCCAAGUUGAGAAUAUUCACAGCGAGCAUGACUUCUCGUUGCUGGAUCACUAUACUUAUGUCUCACAAAAAUCUGUUUCAUCAAUAUCACGGGAGCAUCAUAGUGGUGGAAAGAACAUCUUGCAAGGAAGUGCACUUGGAGUCCAACCAAAAGACAAUUUCAAGAACUUGUCUUUCUGUAUGGGGAAAGGAUGUUGGUUGCUUCUUGUUGGAGUGAUACUGAGCUGUAAGAUUCCAGGAGUUUGUUUGAAGCUCAGGUGGAAACGAAAGAAUGAGCCAGCUCCAUUGCAACCUGCAACUCAGCAACUACAGCUGCUGUUGCAACAGAAGCAGCAGCAGCAGCUAGACCAGAGCCCUCCCAAAGGUGCCGGGAAGUGGAGAAAGAAACUCUUAACAGUUUUCGUACUUCUGGGGAUCCUUACAUCCAUCUGGUUAUUUUGGCAUUUAAACCAAAAGAUCAUUCUGAGGAGAGAACACACACUCGCCAACAUGUGUGAUGAGAGAGCACGGAUGUUGCAAGAUCAGUUCAAUGUUAGCAUGAAUCAUGUUCAUGCCUUGGCAAUUCUUGUAUCCACUUUUCACCAUGGGAAGCAUCCAUCCGCCAUUGAUCAGAAAACAUUUGGUGAGUAUACUGAGAGAACAGCUUUUGAGAGGCCGCUUACCAGUGGUGUUGCUUAUGCAUUGAAAGUUCUUCACUCAGAGAGGGAGCAGUUUGAGAAGCAGCAUGGAUGGACAAUAAAGAAAAUGGAAACUGAGGACCAGACUUUAGUCCAAGAUUGCCUGACUGAAAAUUUGGACCCUGCACCCAUUAAAGAUGAAUAUGCACCAGUGAUAUUUUCACAAGAAACUGUGUCUCAUAUUGUCUCUAUUGACAUGAUGUCUGGACAGCAAGACCUUGAGAACAUCCUGCGAGCAAGGGCAACCGGAAAGGGUGUAUUGACAUCACCUUUUAAGCUACUAAAAUCCAACCACCUUGGUGUUGUGCUCACAUUUGCAGUUUAUAACAAGGAUUUGCCUCCAGAUGCUAUACCUGAGCAACGUACUGAAGCGACUGUGGGUUUCAAUUGCAGGUAUCUGGGUGCAUCUUAUGAUGUCCCCUCCCUGGUGGAGAAGCUUUUGCACCAACUUGCUAGCAAGCAAACGAUAGUUGUCAAUGUGUACGACACAACCAAUGCAUCUGCUCCAAUCAGCAUGUACGGUACUGAUAUAACCGAUACUGGUUUACUGCAUGUUAGCAGCCUUGAUUUUGGCGACCCAUUAAGGAAGCACGAGAUGCACUGCAGGUUCAAGCAAAAACCUCCAUUACCUUGGAUGGCAAUCAAUGCAUCUGUGGGAGUCUUAGUUAUUACUUUGCUUGUUGGUCAUAUCUUCCAUGCAGCUAUAUGUCGUAUCGCGAAAGUGGAGAACGACUGCCGAGAGAUGAUGGAGCUCAAAGCUCGUGCUGAAGCUGCAGAUGUAGCUAAAUCUCAGUUUCUAGCUACUGUUUCCCAUGAGAUCCGAACUCCAAUGAAUGGUGUUUUAGGUAUGCUGAAAAUGUUGAUGGACACUGAUCUUGAUGCGAUCCAAAGGGACUACGCUGAGACUGCUCAUGCUAGUGGUAAAGAUCUUAUAUCGCUGAUAAAUGAAGUUCUUGAUCAGGCUAAGAUAGAAUCAGGCAGGCUUGAACUUGAGGAUGUGCCCUUUGAUCUACGCAACCUUCUCGAUAGCAUUCUCUCACUCUCCUCUGACAAAUCUAAUGAUAAAGGAAUCGAGUCGGCGGUUUAUGUAUCUGAUCGGGUUCCUGAAGUUGUUGUUGGUGACCCUGGGCGGUUUCGACAAAUAAUUACUAAUCUUGUUGGAAACUCAAUUAAGUUCACGCAGGAUAAGGGACAUAUUUUUGUCUCGGUGCAUCUGGUAGAUGAAAUGAAAGGCACAUCCGAUGUGGGGGACAAGGUGCUACAACAAGGCUUGAACUUAGUUCAGGACAUGUCAAGCAAAACCUAUAAUACAUUAAGUGGUUUUCCGGUGGUAGACAGAUGGAGAAGCUGGGAGAAUUUCAAAAUGUUAAAUGGAAAAGACGCAAAGGAUGACCCUGAAAAGAUUAGAUUACUUGUAACAGUUGAGGACACAGGCGUCGGGAUUCGUUUAGAUGCACAAGAUCAAAUUUUCACUCCUUUUGUUCAAGCCGACAGUUCCACUUCACGACAUUAUGGUGGGACUGGAAUAGGAUUGAGCAUCAGCAAACAUCUGGUGGAACUCAUGCAUGGGGAGAUCGGGUUUGCGAGUGAACCUGACGUUGGCAGUACUUUCUCAUUUACUGGAGCUUUUGGAAAAGGCGAAGUAAGUUCUCUUGAUUCCAAAUGGAAGCAAUAUGAUCCAGUGGUUUCAGAGUUCCAAGGAUUGGGAGCACUUAUUAUUGAUAAUAGAAGCAUCCGUGCUGAGGUCACAAAAUACCAUCUUCGAAGACUGGGAAUAUCUGUUGAUAUAACUUCCAGUUUGGAGUCAGCAUGCACCUACGUGUCAAGCAUUUUCACCACAAGCACAUUUGCACAUUUGGCCAUGAUUCUUAUUGACAAAGAUGUUUGGAAUCAAGAAACAGUUCUUCAGUUACGAUCUUUGCUCGAACAACAUAGGAAAAAUUGCAAACUAAAUGUUUCAACAAACCUUCCGAAAAUUUUUCUUUUGGGUACCUCCAUGAGCCCCGUGGAGCGCUCCAAGCUUAAGACUUCUGGUUUUGUAGAUAAUGUGCUGAUGAAACCUCUUCGGUUGAGUGUCUUAAUUGCCUGUUUCCAAGAAGCCCUUGGAGGUACAAAGGGCAAAGUACGUGGAAAGAAAAUGUCUACACUCGGGAGCUUACUUAGAGAAAAGCGGAUUUUAGUCGUCGAUGACAAUAAGGUUAACAGAAGAGUGGCAGAAGGUGCUUUAAAGAAAUAUGGAGCAAUUGUCACCUGUGUGGAAAGAGGCCACGAUGCACUCAACAAGCUUAAGCCACCCCAUACUUUCGAUGCCUGCUUCAUGGAUCUCCAGAUGCCAGAAAUGGAUGGGUUUGAAGCAACUAGGCAGAUCCGCAGUGCGGAGAAUGAGGUGAAUGAAAAACUUGCUUCUGGAGAAGUGUCUAUUGAGAUGUAUGGAAACGUGUCCCACUGGCACAUUCCAAUAUUAGCAAUGACAGCUGAUGUGAUCCAGGCUACAUAUGAAAAGUGCCUGAAAUGUGGGAUGGAUGACUAUGUAUCGAAGCCUUUUGAGGAAGAGCAACUUUAUUUGGCCGUUGCACGGUUUUUUGAGUCCGGCUUAUAGAGUGGAAGGUGGUUCAACUGUAUUUGCUUUGGUCGACCCCCCGAUGACUUUCAGUGGUCUUAACAAGUGACAAUCCUCGACUGACAUGAGUCUACGCAGGCCUAUGUCUUGCCUCAUGACGGUGGACGACUGAAAUAUGGUAAUUUAUGGCAUCACUCCUUAUCUAUGAUCUAUAAUCCAUAAACUGGCGACUUAAAGUGAUGAAAGAAGCUUCUUGAUAUCAUGAAUACAUAGUAUUUGAUGAAAUGCCGAAGCCAAGAUAUGAUCGUAGGAUGUUUACCAUGCGGGACUUUAUCUUCAGGAAAUGCCGAGCUUUCAUCCAAGAAAUUGCUUCCGAAGUGUGUCGAAAGAGUACCCAAAAUCUUCCGAUUGUCUUCCAUUUAUACAAUCAGCCAAGCUCAAGGGACAAAGUGGUGGCAUUUCCUGUACAUAGCAAUUUUUAUUUAAUUUGUAAUUAAGUGACCUCCAUUCUUUUUGGCCUCUCAUCUCAUAUCAUAUGUUUUCACCUAAGCAAUAAAAAUUAAUGUAAGUUCUUUUCCAUGUUUCAA